AGACCAGAGAGACCACGCAGAGCUCAGCUGCUGCCGGGGCAGCAGCACAGCAGGGACGGACACGGUUCCACAGUCCCACACACAAGUUACAACUACAACUACUCUACCGCUCCAGCUUCCCUCCGCAGAGCAGCCACCACCACCACAGAGCAACAAGCACCACUGCCCCCGGCGGCCCUCCCGUCCCCUGCCGAGACCAUUAGACCAAGCAAGCUCCGCCUCCGGGUGGGAGGGAUCGCCGAUGCCCAGCCAUGAGGCCUGCUGCGGCACCAUGUUCUGGGUCUUCCUCACCGCCUGCGUGGGGCUCGUCAUGUUCGCCGGCCUCAUGUCGGGCCUCACCCUGGGGCUCAUGUCGCUCAGCCUCGUCGACCUCGAGGUGCUCGCCAAGGCCGGCACACCAAAGGACAGGCUCAACGCCGCCAGGAUCCUCCCCGUCGUCAAGAACCAGCACCUGCUCCUCUGCACGCUCCUCAUCGGCAACUCGCUCGCCAUGGAGGCGCUGCCCAUAUUCCUCGACACGCUCGUGCCCUCCUUCGUCGCCGUCCUCAUCUCCGUCACGCUCAUCCUUGCGUUUGGCGAGAUCAUGCCGCAAGCCAUCUGCACGCGCUACGGCCUCAGCGUGGGGGCCAAGGCCGCGCCGGUGGUCCGGAUUCUUCUCAUCCUCUUCUUCCCCGUCGCCUACCCGAUCAGUAAGUUGUUGGACUGGCUGUUGGGAAAGGGCCAUUUCGCACUAAUGAGAAGAGCUGAGCUAAAGACGCUAGUUGAUAUGCACGGCAAUGAGGCUGGGAAAGGUGGAGAGCUGACUCAUGAUGAAACCACUAUCAUUACAGGAGCUCUGGAGCUAACUCAGAAGAUUGCAAAAGAUGCCAUGACUCCUAUAUCCGAAACAUUCUCACUUGACAUAAAUGCUAAGCUGGACCUGUAUACGAUGGGUAUGAUAAUGACUAGAGGGCAUAGUCGUGUUCCUAUAUACUCAGGAAGUCCAAGCAAUAUCAUUGGGCUUAUAUUGGUAAAAAAUUUGAUUACUUGCCGAGCUGAGGAUGAAGUGCCCAUUCGAAAUGUUACUAUCAGAAAAAUUCCAAGGGUGGCUGAUGAUCUUCCUCUCUAUGACAUUCUAAAUGAGUUCCAGAAAGGUCACAGCCACAUGGCUGUGGUAGUUAAACGAACAAAGGAAGCAGGACCAUCCACUGAAAAGCAAAAGAGCACUACUGCAGAUUAUAAAAUAAACCCCAAAGAUGCUCAUGCUGAUGGAAAUGGUUGUGACUUAUCUUUGGCUGAUCAGUUGGAAGUACUUUCAGGUUCAUCCUCUUUGUAUGUUAGCACUGCUGGAAGUCGUAGAAAUAACAUAGAGAAGUAUGGAGAUGGACGCUCAUAUAAUAAGAAAUCAGAAAGGAAGCGGGAAAACAUUCUUGAUUUUAACACUGAUCCACUUCCAAGCUAUUCAAUGGAUGAGGAAGCAGUCGGAAUAAUCACGAUGGAAGAUGUCAUGGAAGAAUUGCUACAGGAAGAAAUCUACGAUGAAACAGAUGAGUAUGUUGAUGUACAUAACAAGAUAAAGAUAAACAUGUUACCCCCAGGCAAAUCAUUGUCACCUGCUAUAUCUCCUGGUGGUGGAACCCUAUCUCAGGGGCUCAGGAAGACUCCUAUGGCAUCUCCACUCUCACCAUACAACCAUGGUAGCUCUGUUUUCCGUUCCCCAGUUCGGAACCAUGGUCAGUCACCUGGGACUUUACCCACAAUACUUUCUCCCAGGCAAAGUUCGCCAAAUUCAAGUCAGGAUUCAAGAAAUUCCAAUGGUAAACAUAAAAAGGCUGGUGAGAGCUAACAGCCCAGAACGAAGGCCUUCAUCUCCGAUUAAGGUCUUGUCUCAAGAUGGGAUGAUCGAAUUAUGACUUUACUAGUGUAGAACUAAGCUGUGAGUAUAGAAGCACAGCGCUCUUUUAUGGAUAUUGGUCCUUAUUUAUUGAUUGCUUGCCUGUACAUAUGUGCUUCAGCAUAUGGGCCUCGGUAUGGACUUCUCAAUAUGUAUCGUAGCAGUAUUCCUAAGGACUUGUUGGUUCCUCUCUUUUUUUUGGUCGCCUUGUAGUUACCUGGGGAACCCCCCCCCCCCCCCCCCCCCCCCCCCAAGCGUGGGACUUCAUAUAUUUAAGCAAACAUCACCUGAUUUUGCCACUUUC